AUGAAAGCAAAGCGAAGUCACCAAGACAACACCAUGUCCACUUCGCUCAGAGUCAGCCCAUCCAUCCACGGCUACCACUUCGACACAGCAGCUCGCAAGAAAGCUGUGGGCAACAUCUUUGAAAACAUAGACCAAGAAUCACUACAGAGGCUCUUCAAAAACUCCGGCGACAAGAAAGCAGAGGAGAGAGCUAAGAUCAUUUUUGCCAUAGAUCAAGAUUUGGAAGAGAAAACGCGAGCCUUGAUGGCCCUGAAGAAGAGGACGAAAGACAAGCUCUUCCAGUUUCUGAAACUGCGGAAAUAUUCUAUCAAAGUUCACUGA